ACUUCACACAAAACUGACCACGAGUCAGAGACACACAGACACACACAAACGUGGAACUGGUGUUUUGUUUUCAUGGCUUAAUUGGAAGAUGACCAAGCGGGCGACACGGAUUAAUUGUGGAUUAUACUUGGGAGGCUAAGAAAAAUGUCUCUUGAGUGAUUUGAGUGUGACACAUGGACUGUCCACCAUGUCCUGGUACGACGUAACAGUUAAAAAACUUGGCUUUCCUACCAUUGAGUUGUUUGUUAAGGCAGGAAGUGACGGGGAGAGCAUUGGUAACUGUCCAUUCUCUCAGAGACUCUUCAUGAUCCUGUGGCUUAAAGGAGUCAUCUUCAACGUCACCACUGUGGACCUCAAACGAAAGCCGGCUGACCUGCAGGACUUGGCUCCAGGAACCAACCCUCCGUUUGUGACCUUCAACGGCGAGGUCAAGGUGGACGUCAACAUGAUCGAGGAGUUCCUGGAGGAGAAACUGACCCCCCCGCGCUACCCCAGACUGGCUCCCAAACAUCGAGAGGCCAACACAGCCGGCAUCGACGUGUUUGCAAAGUUCUCAGCUUACAUCAAAAACCCGAGAAAAGACACCAACGACGUCUUAGAGAAAGCCUUGCUAAAGUCUCUUCGGCGUCUUGACGACUUCCUUCGGACUCCCCUGCCUGAGGAGAUCGAUGCUUACGCCCCGGGCGACCUGCCCGAGUCUUCCAGGAGCUUCCUAGACGGGGCUGAGCUCACCCUGGCUGACUGCAACCUCCUUCCUAAACUACACAUCCUCAAGGUCGUAGCUAAGAAAUACCGCGGCUUUGAGAUCCCGGCGGAGAUGACGGGGGUGUGGCGGUAUCUCAACUGCGCCUAUCAGAGGGAGGAGUUCACCAGCACGUGCCCCGCCGAGCGGGAGAUCGAAUUUGCCUACCUGGAUGUAGCAAAGCAGAUCAAAUAAGGAGGCGAAGGAAAGAAUGGAGAUGGGUGAAUGCAAUAAAACAGGGAGGAAUGAAAAAGCAGUAGGUCUCUCAACAAUUGCUACAACAGAAAACGUGAAAAGCACCUAGAAGUUAGAAAUAAAGAGUAGUAGAAGAGACAGAAAUACGACUGUAAGGUGUCUGGGUGCAGCAAAUUGUGAAGAGUGGGAGGGAGGAGGAAGAUGAAGAGAUGCAAAAGCAUCAAAACAUCUAUUCAUUCUAUGUAUGCUGGUUGUAAGUGUGUGUGUGUGUG